ACUAUGAACAGAGAGUCGGACACAUUUUUCGAUUUUAAUUUAUAAUAUCAUUACAAAAUUUAACAAUAUUCGGGAUUCCGAAGAUGCGAAUGCUUGUAAUGCAUUUAACUUAAGUGGUAUCGAAGAUUUGUCUUCCAAACACUGUGUUGUGAUAUCUUGUAUUUGUACCUAUUUUGCGUUGUAAGAAAGAAAGUUAAAAAAGGUCUUAAUAAUACAAUGGUGGAGGCUAGCAAAUUCGCGUUUGAAACAGCUUGUAGCAGUUGUGAAUGUCGUUCUCUUAUACAUCCGUGGACCGACACUUGCCUCGAUGGAACUCGUUCAAUGCUAUGGAGCUGUAUCAGAGGCAGUUACAAAUUUUAUGCCAUGGUUUAUGUCAUCCAAAUAUUGAUGAGAGGUAAAAAGCUGAAAAAGAAAGAUGUGAUUGAACAUCUAAAAAUGUAUAUCAAAUCAGGCAUUUUUGGAUUGACGGUUGGAAGCUCAUUUGUCACAUUAAACUGCAUAUUUAGGAAGUUGUUCUUCAGUCAAUUCAGCUACUAUACUACAGUUUUGUUGCCUUGUACCAUUAGUGGGCUAGCUGUUUACUUCGAACCUCCUUAUAGAAGAGUGUUAGUGGCCAACCUCUUUGUAAACUUGGUAUUUGAAUAUUGGCUUCGUACAUUAGAAAUGAAGGGAUGGUUGCGGCGAUCACCUGGGAAAGAGACACUCAUCUUUAUGAUGGGAAGUGCCAUCUUUUUCUAUUUACUCAGGCUUGACAGAGAAAAUGAGAAACGGACGCCACUAUUCUGGUUCUUCACCCCACCACGAGUUUCGAAAGAAGUCGGAAAGCCAAUGACUGGUAUCGAAGGAAAAAGUCCUGCCUGCCCUCACAGUGAACCUUGCAUUAAUUAUAUAUUGAAGGGGACAGCCCAACUGUUCGGCGUCGGCUGUGCGAUGACGAUAGUCCGGACCAUCCUGCCCAAAAUCCUGACUCCGACUAAAGCUUUAAAGUCCCUGAAGAUGUCUCAUUUGAAACUGGGACUCUUCUUCGGUGGAUACAUCGGUAUCUAUAGGUUAGUAGUGUGUCUGCUGUGCCGGUCGCAAGGCAGAGAUAGCGCGCUAUACGCUCUGCCCGCGGGUUUCCUCGCCGGGGCUGCCUUCAGGGCGUCUCCUUCGACAGCAAUUUCAAUAGGACCGAUUACUUCUGCAUUGCAGAUCCUCGGCUCAUGGGGCUAUCGCAACGGCACCAUCCCGGCUCACUGGCCGCUAGUCGAGCUGUUAUACUGCGUGUGCCAAGGACUGUUGUUCCACGCACGGGUCAUGCAUGAAGACGUCUGCCCUCGUUAUAUCAUCAACCUUAUCUCCACCGUCACCAGCACUAAAGCGGACCUUAUCCAGACUAAUUUCAUCGAGAAGCUGGCUAAGAAAGCCCUAUGAUACUUGUGAACAUAACUGAUGAUACGGUAGUAAGUAGGUACUUUUAUGUUCCGAUUCUGUGAUUAUUAUUUAGAUUUUAUUUGGCACGGGGACUAUAUGAGGUGGGCUUUUCUUAUGAUGUUGGUUGGCACGGGGACAAUAUGAGGUGGGGUAUUCUUAUGAUGUUGGUGGUUAUUUUUAAGUUAUAUAGAACAAUGUAAUGACCUGUGAAACUACAAUAAUCACAAUGACUGAGCAGACCCUAUGCAAGGCUAGUUUUCAAAGCAGAGUCUGGAGAAUUUGGUACUUGUGGUUAAUUUGGUACUU